AUGGACGGCGACGAGCUUAUUGCCUCGGUCUACCGCAAGAUCGAGCGGGAGAAGGCCCUCAUCGCCGCCGCUAGCAACAUGCGGCAGUCAACCGACAAUCCCCUCGUGCAACAGAGGGUCGACGCUAACAUCCGCGAUGGCCGCAAGAAUAUCGCCUACCUCGAGGAGAAGAUGCGAGAGCUACAGAUCCGUCGGAUCGAGCAGGAAGAUGGUGGUUCCCCCGGCCAGCGAGGCCAGCCGGGCGCGGGGCCCCCGCCGCCCCCAAAGGACUAUGCUGGGUAUCUUGGAGGUGAAGACAGCACUGGUGGCUAUCCUCAGGGCGGUUCGGGCUCGAUGCCCUCGGGCGCUCCUUUCCCUGACCCCCGGCCCUACGCUCCGAUCCCCAAGGCGCGCCCUAAUUACACCAAGCUCGAUCUCAUUAAAUAUGAUACCGCGUACCUCGGUCCGAAGAUUCAGCUCAUGCUGUCCCAGCUCGAAUUCAAGCUGAGCGUGGAGAAGCAAUACAAAGCGGGUAUUGAGAAGAUGGUCCGGCUUUACCAGGACGAGGGUGACCGGAAGAGCCGCGCGGAUGCCGAAAGCCGACGGGUUGAGAGCAACCAGAAAAUCCAGUUGCUCAAGCAGGCCUUGAAGCGAUACGAGGAUCUUCACGUCGAUAUCGAGUCGUCCGAUGCCGCUGAUGAUGAGAGUCUUAGCAGCCCUAACAUGCGCAAGCCGUUGACUGGUCUUCUUACCAUGCGAAUCCAUGCGGUGAAGGACGUGGACCAUGCCGCCAGCUCCAGGUUCUCCCGUGGACCCGAGACCUAUGUCGUCGUCAAGGUGGAGGAUACGAUCAAGGCGCGGACGAAGCCCAGUCGGACCGACAAAUGGUUGGAUGAGGCAUUCUCGAUCGACAUUGACAAAGCGAACGAAAUCGAGCUGACGGUGUACGAUAAGUCCGGCGAUCGCCCCACGCCCAUCGGUAUGCUGUGGGUGCGUAUCUCGGACAUUGCGGAGGAGAUGCGUCGCAAGAAGAUUGAGUCCGAACUGAACAAUUCUGGGUGGGUUUCUGCGGACCGGAUGGGCGGUGAUUCUACUCCCCGAUCCGAUCACCCAGGCUCGCCGAUGGGUUCUUCCCAUGGCGGAGGAGCUGGCAGCUUUGGGGGCAUGUCUGCUGCACAGGGCGGAAUGCCACCGGAGAACCCCAAUGCCCCUCCGUCAGUGAUGAUUGACUCAUGGUUUGCUCUGGAGCCCUUUGGCCGCAUCCAACUUUCAAUGAGCUUUGCCAAGCAAUUGAAGGACCGUCGCCCCUUCGACAUUGGUCUCAACCGUCAAGGUGCCGUCCGCCAAAAGAAGGAAGAGGUUCACGAAAAGCAGGGUCACAAGUUUGUCAGUCAGCAAUUCUACAACAUCAUGCGCUGUGCGCUGUGUGGGGAAUUCUUGAAGUAUGCCGCGGGCAUGCAGUGCGCCGACUGCAAAUAUACUUGCCACAAGAAAUGUUACAAUAAGGUUGUCACCAAAUGUAUCAGCAAGGCCAACUACGAAACCGACCCCGACGAGGAAAAGAUCAACCACCGUAUCCCGCACCGCUGGGAAGGCUUCUCCAAUCUCUCUGCCAACUGGUGCUGCCACUGCGGUUAUCUUCUUCCCUUCGGACGCAAGAACGCCAAACGAUGCACCGAGUGCGGUCUUACGUGCCACGCGCAUUGCACACAUCUCGUCCCUGACUUCUGUGGCAUGUCGAUGGAAGCGGCGAACCAGAUCCUGGAGACCCUUAUUCGUGCCAAGAAUCACAACAAGUCUACUUCUGUCAGUUCCGGUCUCAGCGGUCGUACCCUUCGACCAGGCGGUCCGCCGCAACCCCCUCAAGACAACGCCGCUCUAUCUUAUCCCCAAAAACCCGCUGAGGGCCCGUAUGGGGCAAUACCCCGAAAGGCCUCAGCCGAAGCGGUAAGCGCUGCGACUAACUCCUAUAUGACUCCACAGUCACCAACAGCUGCUGCACAGAAUGCUCAGCGUCAACCCCUGCCGCCGAAAUCGCCCACAUCUGGAUCCGCUGCCCAGGCGGCUGCAGCUGCCGCAACGGGCCUCCGUAGCCCUCAACAAACCCCAAGUAUGCAUCCUUUGCUAUACCGUUUUGUAAUAUGA